UGCUCUUCGUAAACAUCUCUCGUUGCACUUUGUUAUUUGUUGUGUCGAAAUUUUAAAGGCUCUUAGAAUUUAAUAAACAUGUCUAAAUCUUGGUCAGAAGUUGAACAGGCUUUAGAGGAGAAACGCUGUGAAUUAGUUUUCACUGGUCCUUUAUAUUCUGAGAGAAUUGUUAAGGAUGGUUUAGAUCCAGGUAUAUUUAAGAUAAAGCAUCUGAAUUUUCUUGAAAUUAGCAAAGCUGCUUUAAAAUGCCUUCCCUCGGAUAUUGGUGAGCUGUCAAAUUUGACAAGAAUUGUUGUUUGCUAUAAUGAACUCAGUUCUUUGCCGCCUGAAAUAUGUAAGCUGAAAAAGUUGAAGUUUUUAGACGUUUCUCACAACCAUCUUACCGAGUUGCCUGCGGAAUUGUCAAAACUAGUCGACCUUCAGUCUCUUAAUGUUAGUUCGAAUGAACUGUCUAAUAUCCCUCCCAUAAACGAAAUGUCAAAAUUGGUAACCUUAAAUAUAUGUUAUAAUAAAUUUGAGUCACUGCCAGUCAGUAUUUGUGAUUCGAAAUUGAUACAUUUUACGGAUUUGAUUGCUAACAAUAACAACAUAGCUGAAAUUCCACCAGAAAUAGGACAGUUAGGGAGUUUAAAAAUCUUGGAUUUGGGUGUUAACGAAAUAAACUCGAUUCCAGGAGAGCUAGGCAACUGCACUAAACUAAAAGAAUUAAACCUGAAGGGAAAUAAAUUGAAAGACAAGCGUUUGUUAAAACUUGUUGAGCAAUGUCAUGUCAAACAGGUGAUGGACUAUAUCAGGAGUCAUUGCCCAAAAGCUAAUGCUGAUAAUAACAAGCAGAGCAAAUCAAAAAAGAAAACUAAACAAAGCAAGAAGAGUGAAGCCGAAGAGGUUGUUGAAAUGCUGGAUGAAUUGACAAUAUACCAUGUAUCUGAUGAGUUGUUAAAAGUAGUAGUUACUGCUAAAGUUUGUGAUGUUCGGCCUUACAUUGUUUGCUGCAAAGUUCAAAAUGUGGAUUUAAAAGACGGAAGCAUCUUGAAAAAAUUCAUAACAGCACAGACUAAACUUCAUGAUGGUAUAUGUGAAAAACGGACAGUAGCUACUAUUGCAACACAUGAUUUUGACAAACUGCAAGGAAAUCUGCUCUACGAUGCUAGGCCUCCCCAAGAGAUAAAGAUAUUACCAUUGAAUAGAAAAAAAGACUUGACUGCAGCAGAAUUGUAUACUCAAUUAAAUGAAGAAGCAGAUGCUAUUAGGAAAGAAAAGAAAAAGAAUACAUAUUCAGGAAUUCAUAAGUAUUUAUAUCUUUUGAAAGAUAAGCCUUUAUAUCCUUGUUUAUUGGAUUCAUCUGGUACAGUGAUAUCAUUCCCACCAAUAACAAAUAGUGAUGGAUCUAAGAUAUCCAAUGAAACCAGAAACAUUCUCUUAGAAGUUACAGGAAAUAAUUUAAGUACUUGCAAGAAAGUGAUGGACACUUUAUUAGUAGAGAUGCUAAAAUUGGGCCUUGGUGAUAAAAAUCAGAAGGAAAUAGAUGAUGAUACACAAAAGAAUACUUUAAGUGUCCAACAGAUUAAAGUUGUUGAUGAAGAGGGUCAGUUAAAAGUUGUAUAUCCAUCAAGAACUGACAUACAAUUUGAUGGAAUUCUUGUGACACGCACUUGAUUAGAAAGCAUAAGUGUAUAAUCUUUGUAUAAAAGAAUCAUUAAAAGUUUUUAUAUUGCUUA